AUGGAAGAGCAAGCCAAAGACACAUCUGGCCCAGAGCCAAUUGCAAUCAUUGGUAUGGGAUGUCGCUUUGCCGGCGAAGCGUCUUCUGUUGAAGGAUUUUGGGACAUGCUUCGCCUAGGUCGAAAGGAGCAUGGGCGUGUUCCGUCUAGUCGUUAUCAAGCCUCAGCCUGGGAACAUCCCAGUCACGAGCGCAAAGGGGCUAUCAAUCACGACAGUGGCUUCUUUCUAGCCGAGGAUCCAUCCCACUUCGAUGCACCCUUCUUUUCCAUCACGUCCAAGGAAGCUGCAGGCAUGGAUCCUGUUCAGCGCAUCCUGCUCGAAGUGGCGUAUGAAGCUUUUGAAAAUGGAGGCGUGCCAAUGGAAUCACUACCCGGUAGUGCUACCGGUGUCUAUAGCGGAUGCAUGACCAAUGACUACGAGCUGCUGUCAACACGAGAUAUCAUGGACAUGCCACAUAACUCGGCCACGGGUAAUGGGAGAACUAUGUUGGCUAACCGUCUUUCAUGGUUCUUUGACCUUCGUGGGCCCAGCAUCAUGCUGGACACGGCCUGUUCGUCCAGCUUGACGGCGCUGCAUCUGGCUACCCAGGCACUACGGGCAGGCGAAUGUAGCCAGGCACUGGUGACCGGAGCAAGCCUGAUAUUGCAUCCGAAUUUUACCCAGCGGCUGUCGUACAUGCAUAUGCUCAGCGCCGAUGGUAUCAGUCACUCUUUUGAUAGUAAAGCUAAUGGGUAUGGUAGGGGUGAGGGGUUCGGUGCAAUCUUGCUGAAACCCUUGUCCAAGGCCAUGGCAGACGGUGACGCGAUAAGAGCAAUCGUUCGUGCUACUGGCUCUAAUCAGGAUGGACGUACUCCAGGAAUCACCAUGCCGAAUGCAACCGCCCAGGCUGAUUUGAUCAGAUCAACCUAUUCUCAAGCUCGAUUAUCGAUGGGAGAUACGUCUUAUUUUGAAGCCCAUGGAACUGGGAUAGCAAUUGGUGAUCCUACUGAAUUAUCUGCCAUCGGAGCAAGCUUUGGUGCCGAACGAAAGCCAGGCGAUGAGCCUGUUUACAUCGGAUCUGUCAAAAGCAACCUAGGACAUACCGAGGGUGCUGCCGGCGUAGCCAGCAUUAUCAAGGUGGUUCUUUGCUUAGAAAAAGGGAUGCUCGUUCCUAACGCAGGCUUCUCGAACUUGAACCCUAAGAUCCGACUGGAGGAAUGGGGCUUGCGCUUAAGCAACACCACCACACCGUGGCCACCUCAUCUGCCGCAGCGUGCAAGCAUCAACUCUUUUGGCUUCGGGGGUGCGAACGCUCAUGCUAUUCUUGAGAGCACAGCGCAGUAUCUUGGUAAGACGCAAACUUCGUCCGACACCACAGAAGGGAUAACCCAAGUCGUUGUGGUCUCUACGCAUGAUCAAUCUGGGUUAGACCGUACGGCGGACAAGUGGAAGAAAUUCCUUGAUUCAACCGCAUAUGGCAAAAGAAAAGGCAUUUCAUUGCCAGAUGUAGCACACACUAUGGCUACACGGCGAUCCCAGCUCCCGUUUCGCAGCUUCGCCGUAGUUGAUUCGCUAGCAGAGCUACAAGAUGUGAUGGCCGCGGGCUUGCCUACUUUUCCUCGGGCAAGCCGUAAGAACCAGACGCACCUCGCGUUCGUUUUCACGGGCCAAGGUGCCCAAUGGCCACGCAUGGGCGUCCAGCUAUUGACAAACCCUGUGUUUGCGGCCAGUAUAAAACGCAGUCAGCAGGUGCUGCGGAGUUUUGACUGCCCGUGGGAUUUGCUCGCGGAGAUCCGUGCAGAUGCAACUACUAGCCUCAUUAACCGACCUGAUCGCAGUCAGCCCUCUUGUUGUGCUUUACAGAUCGCCUUGGUAGAUAUGCUUCGCAGCUGGGGAGUAGCUCCUAAGGCAGUGGUAGGCCAUUCCAGUGGUGAAGUUGGUGCUGCCUAUGCGGCCGGCUACUUGACUCAUGAGGAUGCCAUUCGAGUGACGUAUUUCCGCGGUGUGCUAUCACAACGGAUUGCUGAAAGUGGAAGCCGCGGUGGUAUGCUCGCUGCCGGUAUCUCUGCCGCUGAUGCGCAGAGAUAUUUGCAGACCCUACCCUCAGAGUCCGUGGUAGUGGCUUGUGUAAACAGCCCAUCGAGUGUCACUCUUUCCGGCAACAUAGACGAAAUAGACCUGCUUGAGGGGCGCCUGCAAGCAGAUGGUCGUUUUGCGCGCAAGCUGCGCGUAGACACUGCAUACCACUCACCGCAUAUGAGAGCGUUGGCUGAUGACUAUAAAGCGGCCAUUGAAUCUAUUCAGCCAGUCGAUAGGUACAAUGGUUCCAUAGCUAUGUUCUCGUCUGUCACAAAAGAGCUCUUGCAGCCAGCAGAUCUAGACGCGGCAUACUGGGUGCGCAACCUGGUCAGCCCAGUUGAGUUUGCUGCGGCAGUCACCAAAGUUGUUACCAUGGCCGAGGCCGGUAAAGGACGAGGGAGACGGCGAGUAGUUCCAGUCAAGUGGGCAGGCUUCUUGGAAAUCGGACCACAUGAAGCACUAAAAGGGCCUUUCAAUCAGACACUGCAGGAAGCCAAUGCUGAUUUGGCUUCCAUUCCUUACAGAAGUCUAGUGCUGCGCAAGCAGAACUCUCGGCAAACCGCCCUUCAAGCUGCCGGUCUCUUGUGGUGCUUGGGCUAUGCGAUCGACCUAGAUACAGCAAACCAAAGCUUUCUGGACGGCAUAAGGCCACAAGUGAGCCGAGACCUUCCAUCUUACGCCUGGAACCAUCGAUCCAGCUUCUGGCAUGAGCCAUUGGAGUCAGCCCGGCUGCGACAGCGCACAGAACCCCGUCACGACCUCCUCGGUAUGCCUUGGGACUACCAGAAUGAUCUGGAGCCGCGGUGGCGUAAUUUCCUGCGGGUUUCGGAAUUGCCUUGGCUUGCAGAUCAUGUGGUGGCUGGCUCUAUAGUAUAUCCAGCAGCUGGCAUAGUGUCCAUGGUUGCAGAGGCAGCCCGUCAGCUUGCAGACACUACGAAGUGGUUAGAGGGGAUUGAAUUUUAUGAUCUUGACUUUUUCCGGGGAGUUGUAAUUCCCCCAGACGAACGGGGCCUGGAAGUGGUUCUUCAUGUGGCACCGCAUCGCGGCAUGAAUGGAUGGUAUGAAUUCGGCAUUUUCUCCUUGCCUGAGAAUUCAUCCUGGGUCCAACAUGCGAAAGGUACCUUUGCUCCACAGUAUGCUGAUGAAGAUGGGGUGGGGUGUGCUGCAGACUGGCAGAGCACCGUACAACGAGUGCGACAGACGCAAGCUGUGGCAAAGAAGGCUGAGAUCGAGGCCGUCUAUGAAUGGCUCUCAGAAACCGGGGGCGUCAGUCUGGGAUCGACCUUCCGGUCUAUAGCUGGCGUAGCCUUUGACUCAGGGUCUCGUCUGUACGUCACUGGAGUCGCACCAAAUACCAAGCAGAUGAUGCCAUAUGAGCGUGAAUCUCCAUGCCUUAUCCAUCCCACCGCGCUGGAUGCCCUCUUUCAGGCUGCCGUGUUGUCCUGCUCAGAUGCCCUGACCAACCACAACGCCAAUAUUCCCGUGGGAGUAGAGCGUCUUUAUCUCUCGACAGACUUCUCCUUGCAGGCUGGUGACCGAUAUGAUGUGCAUGUCGAGACACGAUACGAGAAUGGUGUGUCACUUUCGGAAUCGAUCGCAUCCAACCCAUCCUGGCAGCAGCCGGGAGUGGUUCUGCAAGGGGUGCGAUUAGGUCGCGUGCCUAAGCGGUCCGGUAACUCGACCAAAGAGGAAAUCCAGCAAAGCCGGUUCUCGACGCUUCAAUGGGCUGAGCACGUAGAUUCUUUCCGCGGUUCAGAAGUCCGUCUAUCCGGUGGACUGAAGAGCUGGAUUGGCCGGGUCUGCCACACUCAUGGAGAUGCUCGCGUCCUGGCGGUGACUACCAAAAGCACGGAUCAGGUCUUAGAAGCUCUCGAGCCAUAUGCGCCAAAAUGCAGUCAUCGACCUCGACUACAGCAGCUCACCAUCGUUCUAUCUGACCCUGACAUUGAGGGAUCAACUGACCAGGUCAAGGCCAUUCAGGAGUCUCUGGAAGGAUGUCAGGUUCUGCCAGUUGCAUCCCUGCAAGAUCUAGACACGGAAUUGCUGGGAGAAAGUGCCUAUGAUGCGGUCAUUGUUGAUCAUCCUAAUGUCUGGAAGGGUGAUACUGCUAAAUCCCUGCUCGACUCUCUCCUUCCUGUUACCGGGCCGGAAUCUUGGAUUGCCGCUCGAGCAACUGAUGAAAAGCACGAUGCAGUAAUAGGCAAUGCGGGCCAUGCAGACUGGGAAGUGCAAAGCUUGAUUGAUGAUACUGACUAUCUUCUCCUUCGGCGUCAACAUGCUUCGGUGAGGCUGGAUCCUACAGUCUACAUCUUGAGCAGCGCAGAAGAUGAGUCGGUUGGCUCUCUUUUGCAUGAACUGGAUGGCGUCAUGAGCAACCUCGGCUCUAAGAUUGAGCUGGUAGAUAUCGAUAAGGCUUCAGAGCUGAAAGAUAAAACCAUCAUCUCACUGCUCGAGCUGCAGCGUCCGUGGACAAUGAACUGGACGUCAAAUGAGAUUUCACGCUUUCGGUCCUUGUUGGAAGCGAAGUGUCUCCUCUGGGUGUCACAGUGCCCGGAGCACGAGGCGUCUGGCUAUGCAGGCUUCGGGGCUACGACGGGACUUUUGCGCACCGUACGCAAUGAAAACCCCCGUAUCGUGCUGCCUCAAUUACUUGUCUCUGAGAAGAACAAGGAUCUUCACAGCCUGGCGCGCAGUAUCGCACACGUGUUGCAGCUAACAUUGCAGCCCCAAUCACGGCCGCAUGACUGGGAAUUCUAUGUGCAAGACAAUCGUCUGCUUGUUCCGCGAGCCGUCGCGACUGCUCCAGUGGAUGAAUGCAUGGAUACGCUCUUACAUGGACCGCGUCCUAUCAUGGCAGAGCUCGCACAGGACUCGAGACCGCUGCAAUUCUGUAAUAAGUCGCAGGAUAUCAGUGAUUUCCAGUGGGAGCUGGACGACCGGUUGAAUACAGCUUUAGCCGAUGAUCUAGUUGAGGUUCAACUACACAAGGUCUCCAUCUGUGAGCCCACCGGCAAAGGUGGCAUCUCCCCAGAGGCACGUACAGCGGCCAUCGAAGCAGUCGGAGUGGUCCGCCAGGUUGGGGCAUCUAUCGGCUCAGCAUUCCAAGUGGGAGAUGAAGUCUUGUGUGCCAUCCCCAGUGAUGCGUGGUCCAGUGCUUUAGCCACCCAUGUUCGCCUUCCAGCAAGUGCCAUCUGGCAUUCGCCAUCACGUCAGGAUCAGGCAAAGUCGGUUUCCAUGCCAGUGGCGUUUGCAGCUGCCUAUACCAGCCUGUUUGGCAGCUUCGGGGCUUCUGCUUCGUCGGUUCUCAUAGUUGGUUCAAUUAGCCAGACCUUGCGCGCCACAGUUGACUGUGCUCUGGCUGCUGGUAUGCAGGUGUACGUGGCGGUCAAUGGCGAGAAUAGUCUCAAUGAGAUGCGCUCCAAGUUUUCUGGUUUGCAUGAAAGAAUUAUUCCCAUUCAUAGGGAGCUUGAUACAACCGUCAAACGUCUGACUGGGGGCAAGGGGGUAGAGCUCAGCGUUUGUUGCCUGGGAGGUUCUGUCAGUCGACUUGCGGCGCGUUGCUUGUCUUACAGCGGCAGGCUGGUGGAUCUUAGCGAGGAGCUGAACCUAGCUGCUCUGCCUCAGACAUUCGUUGACCGUGGAUGCACUGUCAGCUCUGUAAGGUUAUCGAGGAUGCUCCGCGAAGCUCCCCGCCAGCUGCAGGCCAACUUCCAUCGUGCAGUUGAUCUUCUUGGAUCAGACGCCCUCGCCAGGGUCCAAUCUUAUCCUUUCUUCCCGGUUUCCCAGAUCGCAGAUGCUGUUGCGCAUGCGCGUGACAGCGGUACCCGUGUGGUUAUCGAUCUUCAGGCUCCAGGCAAGGUGCCAAUUGUGCCAGCUCUCCCAGAUCCUGCCCCUCUGCCUGCGGAAAAUACCUACAUUCUAGUCGGUGGACUGGGCACUCUCGGGAUUGCAAUAGCCAAUACGCUUGUCAACUGCGGCGCCCGUCAUCUUGUCUUCUUGAGCCGCUCUGGGGCUGUUCGGGAGACACAGCAGAUUACACUGAAAGAGCUUCAAGACCGAGGUGUGCAAACCGAUAUCGUGCAAUGCAACGCUGCCAGCAGGGAUGAGGUGCAAGGUUUGUUGACCCGAGCUGAAGAAUGUCACUGGCGCAUCCGUGGUAUCGUACAAUGUGCAACUGUUCUCAAGGACGGUAUGUUUGAGCACAUGGAUUUCGACGCGUGGAAGCAUUCCACCGAGCCCAAGAUCCAGGGGACAUGGAACCUCCACGAGGCGUUCUCCUCCACCCCGCUAGACUUCUUCGUGACACUGUCAUCCAUAGCCAGUAUAACCGGAAACAUGGGCCAGGCCAACUACGCAGCCGGAAACGGGUACAUGGACGCGCUGAUGACCUGGCGACGCAAGCACCAUCUACCAGGACACAGCAUCAACAUCGGCUUAGUCCCAGACGCCAGCGGACUGGGCGACGUAGCCGAAACACCCGAGCAGCGACGCCAGCGAUACCGACACCUAGAGGGUACCGAGAUUCUGCAACAUGAGGUGCAAACUCUGCUUCGCGUGAUCGUCCAGAAAAUCACCCCAGUCCCGGCACAGGUCAUCGCCGGGCUAACAGACACGCUACCGCGCACCGACGGGGCAGCUUCGUGGCAAUUCGAUCGCAAAUUCGAUCACCGCAUUCAAGUUGUUGCUGAUGAGGAGGCAGGAACUGGUGUGGUCAAGACCAGCAUGUUGUUGAAGAAGGCGGAGUCGAUGGAUGAGGCGGUGCGCGUCGUGAAUCAGGCACUGCAGGAGUAUUUGGCCAGGGCGAUGGCGUCGUCGGCGGAGGCUAUCGAUUUGGAGUUGCCUUUUUCGGCAUUGGGUGUUGACUCGCUUAAGGCCGCGGAGGUGCAGAACUGGGUUAGUCGUGAAAUGGGCGCGGAGUUGUCCUCGUUUGAAUUUAUUGGGGCACAGCCGGUGAGGGUGUUGGCGGAGAAGAUUGCCACGUUGAGUUCGUUUGUUACUGUUACGUAG